AUGAGGCUUCAAAAUCCGAAACCUUCACAAAGAGAAUUUCCUCAAGAUCAGAAUGGGAAUCACUAUCCUCGACCCCCAGCCCAUGGACACCCGUGGUCCAAACCGGAAACAGAUCUCUAUGUCAAUCCGAAACCGGUCGCAUUCGCUUACAAUGCACCGAGCAUAUCAAAUUUCGCUACCAAAGAACCACAAUACUACGAAGACUAUCCAGUUGCAACUCAAGGCUGGUAUGGACUACCACCUUGUGGAAACAACGAAUGCGAACAUGCAGAUUGCGAAGAUCCUCAAGCGAUGGCGUAUUCCGUCAACAAUAACUAUCCUCAAAAUAACAACAAUUACACACAAAGAAAUUCCCAAUAUCGAUCUCUCUAUCAAAAUCCAAAUCACCCUGGAAAUUAUAAUCCUUCCUACAAACCCUACACCUCCCGUCCUCCCUACAACCCUCAGUAUAAUCCUCAAUACCCCCCACAAACUAAACCCCAAUAUUCUUCCCAAAACCCCGAAUAUUUUCCUAAAAAUCAACGCCCCCAAUACCAGCAAACAAGAACACAUGGAAUAGUGCAAUCAACGCAACUGCCGCAAGGGCCAUCCCUAGUUACAUCAAUGGAGAUAUACUCUGAGUCAUCACCAGUACUGUUAGAAAGACACAUUCAGAGCUCAGAGAUCUGCAACUGCCCAGGCUGCCCGAAGAGAAACCUCAAGAAAGAGGAAGAUCCUUUAGAGCCUUCUUUAAACUUGAUGGGCGCUCGUCCGACCGAGGUAAAGACGAGUCAGCCCCAACUGCCUCAACAAAUUACAGCAGCCAUGUACCGUCAACACAAUUAG